AUGUUCGUCCUGCGCAACGUCGGCAAGCUGAUCUUCGGCUCCAGCGCCCAAGAAUCCAUCAUCGAGCUUCCCCAGGGCCAGCUGUACCUCGUCCGCCCGCUGUCACCAAAGGGCUACUCUGAGCUCAUCUUCAAAGACUCGGCGAUCCGAAUCCGACGCACAAACCAAGACUUCAACUACCAGCUCGUUGUUCAACGGGCAUUUGAGGAGGGCGAGGAAGAUCUCCUUGCUGAAGAGGAGGGUGAGGACGCCGAGAUUGACGCUCUUGCUAGCGAACGCGACGAAAAGACCUUCCUUCUCGACGAGGCCUUGCACUUCCGUGUCGAAGCUCGCGAAGGCGGCGACAAGGUCCUUGCUUGGAGAGAUCUCAACGGAGACAACGGUGACCUCUAUGAAUUUGUCUGUGACUCUGCCGUCAACACCAGCGAAAUCCAGCGUUUCCUCCGCGCCGCCCAAGAGUGCCAGUACGAACGCAAGUACCGCAAGCCCAACACCACCGCUUCCGAAGAAGACUUAGAACAGUUUGAAUUUCACGAGGAGCCACCUAUUCCUCCUGCCAGCCCCCUCAACAGCCCUUCUAUCCAGCGUUCUAUGGAUGCCAUUGACGAGAUGGCUCCCAAACAACAACCCAAUGUCGCUGCCAAACGAGAAGCCAAGGCUGCCCAGCCCGAGGAGGAACAAGAAGAGUCUCAUGGCUACGAUGCAAACAACCCGCCCGAGGCCCGCGAAAUUUAUGCCUCUAUCCCCGCCGAGCUUCAUUUGUACGACCCUCAGCCCGGCCACUUUGUCAUGGUUGAUGAGUCGGUCGUUGCCACCGUUAGCGAAGUAGGCAAGUGGGAGUACUGGCUGCAGGUUGAGAGCAAAGCCAAGGCUUGGUUGGGAACAUCUGUCGUUGCAGAGUUCAAUCCCGUCUUUGAUUUUGAGUACCUGAGCUUUGUCUUUAACCACUUCAGCGCCGAUGGUACGGCCAGAUCCUGGCUUCUUCGAUUCAAGGAUCAGCCGACUCUCGAGAAGUUCCAAGAGGCCAUCAUGCAGGCCAUUUGGGAAAGACUCAACGAAACCAAGUGGCAAAAGAUGCAGGACAAGGAACGUGAAUACGUUCUCGACUCUAUGGGCGAUCUCACCAUGGAGGAUGCUCCAGCCGAAGGUGAUGAGGAGGAGGAAGACGAAGAAGAAGACGAUACCGACGAUAACGAAGGUCUUCGCAGCGAUGCCUACGAUUCCGAAGAGGAGGAAGCGGAAGAGGAGAGACGUGCUGAUGGUGACGUCAACUCGCAACUUGCUGUUGGCUACAAACACGACAGAUCCUUUGUCGUUCGCGGCUCCAAGAUUGGUGUCUUCUCUCAUACUGCCGACAACCGCCUCAAGUUCCAGACCAACAUUUCUAAAGUUACUACCCCUGGUGGUAAGAUGAUGAGCCCCAAGAAGGUCAUGCUUCACAACCAAGAUCGCGAUCUCGUCAUGCAGAACUCUGUGGAUCCGAACAAGCUCUACCGCAUGGAUAUUGAAUACGGCAAGGUUGUUGACGAAUGGAAUGUCCACGAUGACAUCCCCGUCGUCACGUUUGCUCCUGAGAAGAAGUUCUCUCAGAUGACAGCUGAGCAAACAUUCUUGGGUGUUUCCAACAACGCCCUGUAUCGCAUUGACCCUCGCUUGGCUGGUCACAAGCUUGUGGACAGUGACAUGAAGCAGUACGCCUCCAAGAAUGACUUCUCUGCGCUCGCUACUACCGAGAAGGGAUACAUUGCCGUCGCCAGCAACAAGGGUGACAUUCGUCUGUUUGACCGCUUGGGUAUCCGUGCCAAGACCCAGUUGCCAGCUCUUGGUGACCCCAUCACUGGUAUGGAUGUUUCUGCUGAUGGUCGCUGGAUUCUGGGUACCACACGCAACUACAUCUUGCUCGUGGAUGCCCAACAAAAGGACGGCAAGAAUGAAGGCAAGCUUGGCUUUGAAAAGGCCUUUGCCACUGACCAGAAGCCCAAGCCCCGUCGUCUCGCCCUCACCCCCGAGCACGUUGCCCAGUUCUACCACGAAACCGGCAAGCAGAUCGACUUUACACCCGCCAAGUUCAACACAGGUGAGGGUGCUGAAGAAACCAGCAUCAUCACUGCCACUGGUCCUUACAUUGUGGAGUGGAACCUGAAGCGUGUCUUGCGCGGCAUGAAGGCGCCAUACAAGAUUAAGCGCUACGAGGAGGAGGUCAAGGCAGACAACUUCAAGUUUGGCUCAGACAAGAACGUUAUUGUUGCUCUACCCAACGAAGUCAACAUGGUGGCCAAGCAGAGCUUCCGCAAGCCUACCAGAGAGAGCAUUAUUGGCGAUGUCAGACUCAGCGCCGGACCCAGAAGCAACACCCUAAGCACGCCUGCAAGAAAGAGGCUGCAGCGAGAGGACAUUGUCAACUCUCCAUACUAA